AUGGCAGUUGCCAAACCUCAUAUGGAUCGUCGGGAGAUAGAAUACCAAUGCGGCAUUGUCAAAUCCCCCAAUCCGAUACAUCAGCAUCCGUGGCUGGUACUACUGGAGUUUUAUAGAAGAGGCAUGAAAUACAACAAGAGGUGUGGAGGCUCCCUGAUCAGCAAGCGGCACGUGGUCACAGCCGCUCACUGCGUCAGAAAAGCUAUUUCAAAGAAUGCCAGGUUAUUCGUCCGUCUGGGCGAGUACGAUAUCUCCAAGGAAGUGGAUUGUGUGGACGGCGUAUGUGCUCACUUACCGGUCAAAUUGGAAGUAGUGAAGGUUAGCGUACAUCCAGACUACAAUAAUAAGGAUCACGAUAUUGCCAUACUCACUCUUUCACACGACGCGCCAUAUACAGAAACCAUCCGUCCGAUAUGCCUGCCGUCGGGGAAUCUACGGGAGAAAAUGGUCUUUUCCGCCUCUGGCUUUGGCGAAACCAUCGACACGAGAAUGUAUAGUGACGUCAAGAAAAAUUUAAGACUCCCAUAUUGGUCACAAAGUCAGUGUCAAGAAGCAUACAGAUUCGCAGAAGCUCCUGUUCACGUGAUCUGUGCGGGUGGAGAGCAGGGCAUUGAUACUUGUAGGGGAGAUUCCGGCGGUCCUUUAGUCUGGGGGACACACCGUUUUGAACUUUGGGGUGUAACCAGUGCUGGUAAUGCGAACUGCGGCACGGAAGGCACUCCUGGCAUCUAUACUAACGUUAUUAGUCAUAUAGAUUGGAUCAAAAGUGUAGUGAAUGAAUUAAAUGAAAAAAAGUGCAAUAAUUUCUGA